AGUCAAAAAUCGAGCAGAGUGCCAAACCGUCGUCACAAAAAGCACAGCACGCAGCAGAGACUCGAGACGGUCUCCCAUCCCACCCAUUUCGCUCUCUCCCUCAACCUUCCCGCGUCCUCCCUACGUUUCCCAGCAACCGCCUCCGCCGCCGUGGGCGACCUGCCGCGCCCGCGGCACAUGUCGCGGCCCCGCCAUGGGCUGCAUCCUCGGUAAGCUCGCCACCGCGCCCGGGUCGUCCCUCUUCUUCCCCGCCGCCGCGACCACCGCCGAUGGAGGAGGAGGAGGCGACAACAAGGAAGUGCAGCUGCAGGCGCCGCAGCCGGAGCACAUCGCGGCGGUGAAGAAGGACGCGUCCGGGUGGCCGCUCUGGCUCUCCGAGGCCGCCGGCGACGCGCUCCGCGGCUGGGCGCCCCGCGGUGCCGACGCCUUCCAGAAGCUCGAGAAGAUUGGUUCGGGCACGUACAGCAACGUGUACAAGGCGAUCGAGGUGGAGAGCGGCCGCGUGGUGGCGCUGAAGAAGGUGCGGGUGGAUGGCGUCGGCGAGGCCGAGAGCGCGCGGUUCAUGGCGCGGGAGAUCGCCCUGCUCCGCCGCCUCGGCGACCACCCCAACGUCGUCCGCCUCAACGGCCUCGUCACCUCACGCCUCAACACGGCGCCGUCCCUCUACCUCGUCUUCGACUACAUGGAGCAUGACCUGACUGGCCUCACCGCCUGCGCAACUGCCUCCGGCCGCCGAUUGUCCUUGCCUCAGGUGAAGUGCUACAUGAAACAGUUACUUUCUGGGAUUGAACACUGUCAUAACAAUGGUGUUCUGCACCGUGACAUCAAGACCUCGAACUUACUUGUCAGCAGUGAUGGAAUUCUUAAAAUAGCUGACUUUGGACUUGCUACCUCUUAUGAUCCUGAGAACGUGCGCCCCAUGACUAGCCAAGUAAUUACGCUUUGGUAUCGUCCACCUGAACUCUUGUUAGGAGCAACUCACUAUGGUGUCGGUGUUGAUCUUUGGAGUGUGGGUUGCAUAUUGGCAGAACUGCUUCUUGGCGAGCCGAUAUUCCCAGGAAGAACAGAGGUGGAACAAUUGCACAAGGUUUUCAAGUUAUGUGGUACUCCAUCAGAGGAUUACUGGGAGAAAAUGAAGUUCGCUCAUCCUACAUUCAAACCGUAUCAACGGUGCCUAGCUGAAAAAUUUAAAGACGUACCACCAUCUACCCUAUCACUUCUCGAGACUCUCCUAUCGAUUGACCCAGAUAUGAGAGGCACUGCAACUGAUGCUCUGAAUAGUGAGUUCUUCAGAACAGAACCAUAUGCCUGUGAACCAUCGAGCCUUCCACGCUAUCCACCAUGCAAAGAAAGAGAUGUGAAGUUGAAGUACGAGAAGCAUAAAAGGAAGUCGAGGAUUAACGGGUCAGUAGAACGUCACAGAAACCGACAGCACACAUCGCAAAAUCCUGGGCGCAGAGUUUUUACUCCAGAUGUCAAUAAUAAGCCACAAGCAAAUCCAAAGGUACCAAGGUUGGUGACAAGCACGAGCACAACCAAAUUUGAGAGAUUUCCUCCGCCUCACUUGGAUGCGUCGAUUGGUUAUAGUUUAGAUUCAUCGGCUGAUGGAGCCACAGAAGAAUUCUUCUCGUCAUCAGUCGUUGAGCUAAAGAAAAUGCCAAGCCUAAUAGUUGGUCAUGUGAAAUCUUACCUGAAUAGCCCAAAGAAGGGUAUGCACAAGGCAAAGCCAAGCCUCAACAUGGCGCCUUCCACCGUUCUCAUUGGUGCAUUCCGGCCUUAUUCCUUUGGUCAGCCAAUGGAAGUGAGAAGAAAGAAUAGGGAGCAAUUCAGAAGCAAAGGAAGAAAUGCAGUAGGUGCAGUCAAGUGACAUCCUAAUCAUGUUACCUUUUUUUUUUUGCCCUUUACCCUUUUAUAGAUGCUAGAUAGUAGCCGGUGAAUUCCAACCACAUUUGAUAGUUUUUACCUUGUAUAGUUAGAGAGUAUUAUAAACUAGAGUUGUGUAUAAUGCAUUUCUUCUGUAUAAGGGAUCACAAAGUUUUCAUCUGCAACACAAAGCAAAAUCUGAGAGCACCCAUGCAAAUUUGUAUCUUCAACCUCUGCAUCAAAAUCAGAGAGAAGAGAAAAGGAAGGGGUCAAGCCGUCAAGGGGAUUGUUGAAAUA